AUGCCCGAGCGCCGACGACGGCGGCCCCCAGUGAAGCGGAAAAUCAAAUGCAAUCGCGCAUCUCCUUGCAAUAACUGCGUUCGAUCGAAGAGCGGCAAUUGCGUGUACGAGAAUCUGUCGCCCCCUCCAUCGCGACGCCCUCGUCAUGGUCGAAAACUGGAUCUCGACCGGCCAGAGCCUGAACUUUACCAGUUCCCAGUGCCGACAGACCAAUCUUCCCAUACCAACUAUGAUGCCACAGCUUCAAGUCACCAGUCAAAUUCCACGCUGGGAGUAACCGGUUCUGCAGGUCCGUUGACACCGGCCAGUCAAUCGCCGUCUCGAGAAGUGGAGACACUGCGCUUCAAGAUCAAGCAGCUUCAAGAGCAACUGUCGCGUGCGAAUCGAAAAUCGGUCGGGUUGAGUGCCUCCAGCCCGAGUUACAACAUCAGUACGACAACGUCCCACAUCGCCGGGACAUUCCACGUGCAGGGUGAAGUCCCUGCUGAUGGCCGUACGCCGACAAUAUCACGCUCGGUUAUGCACAAGACGAGAGUGUUUGGUCAGAGUCACUGGAUGAACGGAGUCGCUCAGUUCGGGGACAUCCUUGAGACACUUGAACCACUCGUUCAGAACGAGACGUCGAAAGUCUUUAUUGACUUGCAGAAGUGCAAGUACCUGGGAAAGGUCAUAAAGGCCCAAAGGAAACCUCCGUGGCCGUCGCCGCCGACCGCCGAGCUGCCACCAAAAGAUGUGGCAGACGCCCUUGUUGAUAUCUACCUGCGGACAUACGAAACCGUCUACCGAGUAGUGCAUAUUCCAACAUUUAGAAGAGACUACGAUAUGUUAUGGGUGUCAAAUACAACAUCAAAUAUGGCUUUCCUGGUGCAGCUGAAACUGGUUUUCGCGAUCGGCGCAACGAUGUAUGAUGACAACUUCUCCCUACGUCCCUCAGCCGUUCGAUGGGUGCACGAAGCGCAGACAUGGAUAUCGGAGCCGGAGUUCAAAUCCAGAUUGAACACUCAAUUCCUGCAGACUACCAUCCUACUGCUUCUUGCACGAGAAUAUGUUGGUGUCGACGGAGGGUUGAUCUGGAUAUCAACGGGAGAGCUGCUGAGAACGGCAGUGUAUAUGGGACUGCACCGAGACCCCAUCCACCUGCCAAAGACAACAACAUUUGCAACUGAGACUCGGCGAAGGCUUUGGAACACAAUUUUGGAGAUCGUUGUUUCCACAAGCAUGGUCUCUGGUGGACCUCCCCUUCUCUCAUUAGACGACUUCGACACCCAUCCGCCGGGCAACUUCGACGACGAGCAGAUCAUGAAUAAUGAUCCGGUACCAAAGCCCGAAGAGGCAUUCACCCAGGUGUCUAUAGCGCUGGCUCUCCGGAAAUUGUUUCCACUGCGUCUAGCCAUGGCCAGAUCGCUCAACGGGCUCGGUGCCUACAUGACAUACGAAGAGACCAUCCAUAUGGAUUCAGAGCUGCGCAGCUCGUACAAGGCUAUCUGUCAGGCCUUCAAAGUAUACCGGCCUGGGAGUGGGAUUCCACAUUUUGGAAUACGAGCACUCGACUGGCUUAUACGUCGCAACCUAGUCGCGCUACACAUGCCCUUUUUUGCCGGGGCUGUGAACGAGACAGCUUACGCCUUUUCCCGGCGAGUCGUCGUUGAAAAUUUACUCAACCUCUGGAGUGCCGUCUUUCCCUCCUCAUCACGCGUGUCGACUGCGCCAAACGAAGGCCAAACCUCAGCGCAAGAAGAACUGACAAGGCUGACCUGUUGCGGGUCUGGACCGUUUCGAACUGCUUCCAUGCAGGCAUGUUUUCUCAUCGCAACGGAGUUGAAGACACAGCUACAGGAAGAGGAUAGCCUUGGACCUGUUCCACUGCGACAUGAUCUUCUCUCGGUGCUUGAGGAUGCUAAAUAUUGGAACCUGAAGUGCAUUGAAGCUGGAGAGACCAACACGAAGGGAUAUUUGUUUAUUUGCUUGGUCUUUGCACAGAUCAAUGCAUUGAUGACGGGCGUCCCUAAAGAUCAAUUCCCGUACAUGCUUCUACAGGCUGCGGAAGAUGCGGAGUCCACGUGUCUGGCUAUCCUGGAAGAGAAAGCGGGCCAGAGUCAGGAUAUUAGGUCGAAACUGGACGAGAUUGAUGACCUGGCUGUCGAUGCUAUGCCGGAUCUGAUAGGUGAUUGGGCGUUGAUGAUGCCAGAGAGCCAGUUUGACUUUGGUAUAUCAGAGCCAAUGAACUGGGUGUAUAGUGGCUUCGGAUGA